GAUGAAACAGGUGCCUAUUUAAUAGACAGAGACCCGACCUACUUUGGGCCAGUGCUGAACUAUCUCAGACACGGGAAACUGGUUAUUAACAAGGACCUGGCUGAGGAAGGUGUACUGGAAGAGGCUGAAUUCUACAAUAUCACAUCGCUAAUAAAACUGGUAAAGGACAAAAUAAGAGAAAGAGACAGCAAAAUCUCGCAGGUGCCAGUCAAACAUGUGUACAGGGUGCUGCAGUGCCAGGAAGAGGAACUCACGCAGAUGGUUUCCACAAUGUCCGAUGGCUGGAAAUUCGAACAGCUGGUCAGUAUUGGUUCUUCCUAUAACUACGGCAAUGAAGAUCAGGCUGAGUUUCUGUGUGUUGUCUCAAAGGAAUUGCAUAACACUCCCUAUGGCACAACCAGUGAACCCAGUGAGAAAGCAAAG